UCAAAUCAAACCCCAAAUAUCAUAAAACUGUAGAUUGUACCGAAUAACUAAUGUUAGGUCUGUUAAACAUUGACGUCCCUUCUGAGCUCCGAAUAACUUUACAUGUUUCUAAACUUUUAUCGAUGUUCUUCACGACUUUUGUCGUUGUUACUUAAACUAAAUUUCAUGAAUUUCGCUGUUUAAAUUUCGCGCUGUUUAGCCCGGCUAACCCGUUAGCUUAGCAACCAUGUAACGUCAGAGAGUCAAGUGAAGUACGAGAUAUUCACUAAAUAAACCCCUAAAUUUGUAUAGACGUCUUUAAAAUGGAGGUGACUGACAUCGGAAACAAAGAAGAGGGUAAAAUAUGGCAUCGAAAACCAACACCGGGGAGAUGUGUGUUAGUAACGGUGGUGCGCACUGCUCAGCAGACCAAGACCGUGCGUUUCCUCCAUGUGGCCUUUGACACCACAGGAGAUUCCUUUCUGGCUGGAGAUCACCAUGGAAACAUUUACGUCUUUGACAUCAGCAGAAACAGAUUUCGCCUGGUGCAGAAAACAGGACAGGCUUGCACUGCUCUGGCAUUCAGCCUCCGCAGGACCACGGAGUUCCUUGUGGCUUUGGCUGACUACACUAUCAGAUGUUUUGACAAAGACACAAAGCAGCUGGUCAGCUGGAUGCGAGGUCAUGAGGGAGCAGUUUCAUCCAUCUCCGUCCACAGCUCAGGUCGCUAUGCCAUUACAACAUCAUUAGACACAGCUCAGCUCUGGGACCUGGACACCUUCCAAAGAAAGAGGAAGCUAAACAUCAGGCAGUCAGUUGGCAUACAGAGGGUGUUUUUCCUGCCUCUCAGUAACACCAUCCUCAGCUGUUUCAGUGAUGACUCCAUCUUUGCGUGGGAGAGCGACACACUUUCCUGCAAGUACCAGCUCCCUGUUCCUGACUGUGGACCCAGAAUCUCCUAUAAGGCUUUCGCUGUGACACGUGAUGGUAAGAGCCUUGCAGCAGGAGGGCGCUCCAACUUGCUGCACCUGUGGUGUUUGGACAGCAAACAGCUGGUCAGGGUGAUUCAGAUGCCAACACAAGUUCGAACCGUCAGGCAGCUGGAAUUCCUGCCGGACAGCUUUGAUGGAGGAGCCAGCCAGACACUGGGUGUAUUGAGCCAGGAUGGUGUGAUGCGCUUCAUCAACAUUCACACAUGCAAACUUCUCUUCCACGUCGGGUCCCACGAUGAUGCCAUUAAUGCAGUGACAGUCAGCCCUAGUGGCCGACAUGUUGUAGCCAUCAUGGAUAAUGGCAGCAUUAAUGUCUACAGUGUCCAAAGUCUCACACAGGAACUGAACAGGCCUCCUCCAUCUCAGGUAGCGGUAGUCUCUGGUGGUGAAGCACGCCAGGACUUGUCAAACCUUAACGUCAAGGUGAGGUCAGCGGCCGUUCAGAGGCCAGCUAAGAGCUCGGGGCGACGAACACAAGCGAAGAUGCUUAGACCUCCGACUGGGUCUGUGACUGAGGAUAAAGAGAAUGAACUUCCAGCUGGUCUGAAUAAAAAGAGACUGGUGGCUCUGCUUAAGGCAUUUGGAGAAUAUCCUGCUAAGUACAGAAUGUUCGUGUGGCGAUCUUUGCUGUGUCUGCCAGAGAACCACGCAGCAUACAGCAGCCUGACUGACAAAGGCCUGCAUUCAGCCUACCUCACGCUACACGAUAAAUACCCCAUCAAAAGCCACAAACUGCAGAGAGGGCUGCAGAGGGUUUUGUCUGCCUUAGCUCACUGGGCAGCCAUCUUUGGAGAGGUGGAGUACCUACCUCUUGUAGCCUUUCCGUUCGUCAAGCUCUUCCAGAACAAUCCACUGCUCUGCUUCGAGGUGGUGGCCACCGUCAUAGUGAAUUGGUGUCAGCACUGGUUUGAGUAUUUCCCCAACCCUCCUCUAAACAUCCUGAGCAUGGCGGAGAACGUUCUGGCUCAUCAUGACAAGGAGCUGCUGCAGCACCUGUUGGACUGUGGCAUCACUUCACAGGUCUAUGUGUGGCCUCUGCUGGAGACCUUGUUCUCAGAGGUUCUGACUCGUGACGAGUGGCUGCGACUGUUUGACAACAUUUUCUCCAAUCAUCCCUCAUUCCUGCUCAUGGCCUGCGUCGCCUACAUCAUCUGCUGUCGUGAACCUCUGCUGAUCUGCUCCCAGAAACAAGACUUUGAGUAUUUCUUUCACCAUCGCAACAACCUGGACGUUGGAGCCAUGAUAAAAGAGGCCUACCGGCUCAUGGGUGGCACACCUGCUGACAUCCAUCCAAGAACUAUGCUCUCUGACUUUACACCACUGACCAGAGGCCAGUACCCCAUCUUCAACCAUUACCCAGAAUUCAUAGUGGAAUACCAAAGCCGGGAGAAAGAGAGGAUACGAUUGCAGGAGAUGGAGUAUCUCCGCGAGAGACAGGAGGUGUCAGCUCUGCGUGCAGAUUUUGUACGUCGCCAAGCAGAAGAAGAGACCUACUAUGCACAACAGGAGUUGCUGCAGAAAGCAGAAGAACAGCGCAGGAACAUCCUGGCGCAAGAAGAAGAAAAACUAACCCAGCAGAGGGCAAAGUUGGCAGCUAUGAAGAGGGAGCUGAAGGUGAAAGAGUUACAGCUGCUAGAUGCAACUAGAAGACGCUUUCUGAAGCACCAGCAGGACCUGAGAGCCACACAGAUACAGCGACUAGACCAGGAGAUCAGCAGAAAGAUGGAUCUCCGUGAGCAGGAGACGGCCGCAGCUGUCCAGGAUCUAGAAGUCAGACAGAUGGAGAUGGAGGCUCAGAGGAAGCGGCUUGAGCAGCACUUGUUGAAAGAGCAGGAGCGCGUGGGACGCAACGUCGAGGAGGAGCUGGAGAUGAGAAUGAGGGAGGCCGAAAGAGAGGAGGCGAGAUACACCGGGCUGCUAAACGCCGCAGAGACAAACAUGCAGGCCAUGGAGGAGUCUCUGGCAGAGGCGUGCCAGGUGGGCUUGGAGUCGGACUGGCAGAAGGAGCUGGUGCAGCGCCUGCAGCAGGUCGACGCCGAGCAGGAGAGGAAGAGGGAGAGACUGGCAGAGAUUCACGGGCAAACACAGGCAGAGGAGGAGAGACUGGCUGACACCAUGAGAGAUGUGGUAGGAAAGAAGUGGGACGACGUGAUGAGCACCAGAGCUCAGUUACAGGAGCAGCAACAGCCCUGUUGGCCCUCAGCAGAAACAGAUGGACGGAGACAACCAACGAUGAGACCACCAUGUUCGACUACAGCACUUCCUCACAGACACAGUCCGGCCCCUGUUGUUUCUGUUGGAACCAAAGGACCUGGAGACCUCAGAUUCAACUGUGCCGCAACUCCGAAGCAGACAGGAACCAAGCUGAUGUGUCUGAACAGCAGUUCACCUUCAGAAAGCACCUCUACCGUCUUCUCCCUGGACCGCGGCCGGGCGCAGCUGGACAGCAGCGAGAGAGAACUGCUGAAGGAAAUCCGUGAACUGAGACAGAAACUGGCAGCCAGAGGCAAAGAGGGAAGCUCUGCCUCCUCACAGUCCGUCCACACACCGUCCUCUGUGUCCCAGUGACCAGCAUAACCUCAACUCAAACUCUCUACACUAAAAACAGUGACUCAGGCUGAAGGCCGUACCACCUACCUGCGUUCUCUCCACUGCUCUCCACCACACAUGAACGACCACUAUCUCCAUGAAAACGCCAGGACAGAAGCGGGUUAAUCCUCUGAGUUGUUGCUUCAUAAAGUGUACACCUGGAUCCAAGUCAACCUGAAAUGCACUGAGCUCUGUUAAUCGAGUAACUAGUGGCUGUGUUUGUUGUGCCUCGGUUGUCUUUGCCAGUCUGUCUGUAGCCAGUGAACAUUCCUGUCUGAGUACUACUGUAGAUAUCACGUCAAACUGAGUCACUCUGUGAUAAAACACCUGUUUCCUAUCCUUUACAUACUUCACAGUGCGGUACAAAAUCUUGUUUCCGCAGUAACCACAAUUGCAUCUCUUUUCUGUCUUUUUUACCUCCAUUUUAAUAGGUGUGAGAUAUGUAGAUUUUUAUUAAUUGUAAUGAAUUUUAUAUUUGCUUUUAUUUAAAACUUGUUUGGAUAAAACACAUUGAAAAGUCCUGAUUGUUUUUUCUUUCUUUCUUUCUUUGUGACUUAACUCAUUACCAUCAAUUAUUUAUUCGGGGAGUCAAUGAAAACUGUCUUUUAAAUGUCUGUCUGCAGGAGCCAUUUUCUGUGAACGGAGUGCCUUUGUGUUGUACUAGAUGAUUUGUUUGGACGUUUGCCGGUUGAAUGAAGACGGUUAAGGAGUCGA